CUUCUUGUAUUACUUAUAAGCCGGUUACAAAACUUUCAGCGUUCGGUCUCCUCGGCUGGAAACCCUAGAUCCUUCGAUUUUUCUCGCCGUCCGCCUCCGAUUUAGCAGCUCGUCUCUUUCGUUCCUCUGUCUGUCUAAACAUGUCGACUGCCUUGGACAUGUCCCUCGAUGAUCUGAUCAAGAAGAACAAGUCAUCUGGAGUUAAUCCCCGAGGCCGGGGCAGAGGAGCCGGCCCCGGCCCUGCUCGGCGCCUCCCCAAUCGAUCUGCUAAUCGGGUUGCUCCUUAUUCCGUCCCGAGGGCUCCAGAUUCGGCGUGGCAGCAUGAUUUCUUUGCGGAUCAAAUGCCGGCGUUUCAGAAUCCAACCGCGGCAGCUAGAGCGACGGCCAUUGAGACAGGAACCAAGCUUUACAUCUCCAACUUGGAUUACGGUGUUUCCAACGAGGACAUUAAGGAGCUUUUCUCAGAGGUUGGUGAUUUGAAACGACACUCUGUUCACUAUGAUAGAAGUGGAAGAUCAAAGGGAACAGCAGAGGUUGUCUUUUCAAAGAGGGCAGAUGCUUUAGCUGCUGUGAAAAGAUAUAACAAUGUGCAGCUGGAUGGGAAACCAAUGAAAAUAGAAAUUGUUGGAACAAACAUUCCAACACCUAUGGUUGUGCCUCCCCUGUUGAAUGACAACUUUAGAAAUUUCAAUCCAAUCCCUAGAAGUGGUCUGGGAAGAGGUGUUCCUAGUGGACGUUCACGAGGUGGUGGAUUUGGUGGCGGCGGCGGCGGCAGCAGCAGCGGUGUCCGUGGAAGGGGCCGAGGACGUGGUCGAGGAAGAGGACGUGGUGAAUCUGUUUCUGUCGCUGAUCUUGAUGCUGAUUUAGACAAAUACCAUUCAGAGGCUAUGCAGACCAACUGAAUUGCUGUUUUAGGAUUCCGUAGUGUACUUCAAGUGAUGGUGUAAUUGCAGAGGAAAGGACUGAAUGUUUAUCUAGAGUAUUCUAGUACGUAUGAAAGUUUGAUUUAUUUUUGUUGUUUAGAUUUCAAGAUCCUGUUUGGCUUUAAAUGAACAUCUGAUGACUGUCUUGCGUGAAAAAAAAAUCAAAUUUGUUCUAAUUUAUUCUCUUUGCCUAAAAAA